AUGUCGACCUUUGAUGCACUAAAUAAUCCUGAACGAUCAUCGUAUGGCUAUUCAUUAGAUAAUCAUCACAGUUUUGAUUCGGACUCUGAUCUAGAAGAUUUUAAUUAUGUACUCAAUGAAACCGAAAAACAAUUAACAAAAGCAAGACAAAGUUUAGAAAAACGAAAAUUAACAGUUACAUCAUACAUAAAUGAAAAUAAUUUGAAAAAAUAUGAUGAAGUAUUACGUACAUGUGAAACAAAUAUUCAAUGUCUACAAAAUAUUUUAAAAAAUAUUCAUCAUAGUAAAAUAUUGAACAGUACAGAAGCCGUUGAAAAAUUAAACGCUUAUUUGGCUGGUUGGAAUGGUAUGCAACAUCUUGUUAACGAUGAGCGAAGUCUAACACGUCAUUUAUUACAUAUAUCUCAAGAAAUUGUUGGUUUAAAAAAUAAAUUAACAUAUGAAAUUGAUUCUGUUGGUCAAAAAUUUCAAAAUUGUGAUCAAUUAGAUAAUCAAAUAUAUUUAAAAGAAUUUUGCAAUUUUAUAGAAUUUCAAGUGAAUUCAGUUGAACACGAUAUAUCAAAAAGCAUUCCAGGUUAUCAUAAUGAUAUUAAUCAAGGUGAAAAUAAUUUGAAUGAAUUUCGUAAAAAUCAUCCAGAAUUUAAUGUUGGAAACUUGAAUGAUAAAAUACUUUUAAGUAAACAAUUAUUAGAUCAACUUUCAGACAAAACAGAAUCAUACAGAACAUUAUUAAAAACAAUCUUGAUAAUUGUAAAUAAUUUUCAUCAAUUAGAAAGCAAUAUUGAACAAAAGUUUACCGAUACAUUUCAACAAUUGAAUCAUAACAAUGAACAGCCACAAAUUUAUUUGAACAAUAGUGAAACAUCAUCAUCAUCAUCGUCAUCAUCAAUUGGCCAUAAUAAUAAUAGGCAAAAAGUAAAGAAAAAUUUAAAAGAAUUAAAUCAAUUGAUUUAUAAAUACAAUCAAUUAAUUAAACAAAUUGAUUUUUCAGCUAGUGACUAUCAUUAUCAUUUUUUUCACGAUUUAUAUCCAAUAUUAAUAAAAUAUUUUCAACAAAAAUACGAAUUAUAUCAAAAACAAAUGGAUUAUAUUGAUUCAAUUGAUAACAUGAAUAAUAUUAACAACAACAAUAAUAAUAAUAUCAAUAUGACCAUGAAUCAAAAUAAGAAAAAACAUCAGACUAAUGUAACAUUUAAGAAUGAUAGUCAUUUUCUGAUUGAUAAUAUUGAACAUUCGACAAAAACAAAAAAAUUUAAUCAUGAUCAACAACAACAAUAUACAAAGAAUAAUCAAAAAUUAAAAAAUAAAAAUUCAGUAUCAACCAGUAGUCCAAAUAUUAUACAUGAAUCACAUUUUAUUGAAAAUAAUAACAAACCAUCAUCUUUGUCUGGACGAACAGCAAGAACAACGCAAAUAAAACGAACAAAUUAUGUGGAUGAAAAUUCUGUUACCGAACUUGAUUCAAAUUCCAAUCAAAAUACAUCCACAACCUCUUCUUAUAUAUCAGACGAUUGUAAAGUACUGUACAUUGAAACAGUGAUCGAAGUAUCGAAACCCGUAUUUUAUGAACGCUUAAACUCUAUUAGUAAUUCAGAAAUUCAUCGUGUUCACACAACAGAUACAACAUUCACAAAUUCACAAAACGUUCCAGAAGUAAAAGUUGAAUCUGACAGUUCACCAUCAAAAAGAACUAUUAAUUAUUCUCAUUUCGGUCAUCGAAAUAUGUCUGAUAACAGCAAUAGUCGAAACAAUACUGUUAAUGAUGACGAUGACGUAGAAUGCAUACUGAUAAACCCGGUGAAGGAUUCCUUGUUAAAUACCCCGCUAUUAUCUACUCCAACUAAAACUAGAACGAGCACCAGCGAUCAUACAACAGACAGUGGUUAUGAACAGUCAGCAAAUUCGACCAUACAAACAACACCAAAAAGUCUGUUUCGAAAUCAAUUAAAUCAAUAUGUUAAUAAAGACGAACAAGAUUGGAAUCAUCGUUCAUCAAAUAACGAGCCAACGCGACGAAACCAGAUGAGACCACAACAGAAUAACGAUGAUCAAGAGUGGUUGCAAACAAAUACCGCACCACCACCAACAGCACGACCAAAACCACCCAAAACACAGCAAAAUGAUGAAAAUGGUUGGUCGAUAAAUAAUAGACGUGCAUACAUGUCACAAUCUCAGCCAAAAAUAUAUCUCAAUAAAUCCGAGCAAGAACUUUGGUUUUCAAAUAAUGAUCCAUCAACACGUACUCAACUAAAAAUUCAACGUUCACCCGAAGAACAAAAGAAUUUUUUUCCAUUUUCAACUGAUAAUAAUCGUCAAUCGAAAAGUCAAAAUAUAUCAUCUUCGCUAACAUUAAGACAACGAAAACAUCAGAUAAAAAAUCAAGUAUUAUCUUCUAUAAAUAACCGACCAAUUAUUAGUAGGACUGUUCGACCAGUACCACCUUCCUAUAUCGAUCGUUUACGCCAACAAUGGUUAAAAUCAUUAAUACUCGGUUUACUUAUACUAUUGGCUUUAUUUACAUUAUAUUUUUAUAAUCUAGAUUCAUGUACACGUAAUUCCUGGAGACGAAAUGUCAUAAGAAAAAUAAUAAGAGUUGAACAUGAUGGAUUGCCAACAAUGUGA